AUGGCAUCCAACCGCGAUGCACCCGCGACAAAUGGCGACGGUGUACCCAAAAUCGGACCUCAUCCAGGCUUCAUCUCCAGUUCGAACCAAUACACAUCAGAGCUCAAGCUGCGUCGCAUGCUCAAAGACAACGGCUGCGAUCCCGCGAGACAAGAUAACUACAGCCUCAAAGGCGUGCAGCUGAUUGAUAAUGUCAGAGAAUACCUACAGCUGUAUGUGCGCAAUCUUGUCGAUGAGUACGAUUACCAAGAUGCAGCGCUGGCUUCGUUAUUUGUUGCUUGCAAGGUGGAGGAUACAAUCAAAAAGUCCAAGGAUAUUCUAGCAGCAGCGCAUGCGGUCAAGAACCCCGACAAGCCCGCCGCACCGGAUGACAAGAUUAUUAUCUGUCUCGAACGUCUCAUCCUCGAAACGAUUGGCUUUGACUUCCGGACGCGCUAUCCGCAAAAACUCCUCGUCAAAGUCGUCCGUGACAUUUUCGGCAAAGAGGGCAAACCAUUCUACAACACAGCAUAUACAAUGUGCAUCGACAUCUACAAGACCUUUGUCCCCAUCAAGGGCACAACCUUUUCCAUGGUCAUGGCAAUCGUGGAGCUCACGGCUCUCAUAACGGAGCAGCACGUCGACAAGGUCCGCGAAUACACAAAGACGAAACCGCAGUACAGUCGUGGUGCGGUCAUGGAGACGAUGCUGGAUAUUUUAGAUCUUUAUGUGCAGCAUUCCAAAGCUACGAAGAUCGGGGCGCAGAUUGAUCAGAACAGGGUUAUCGAUAUCAAGAUUCGGCUUAACAACGAUCUUGACAAGGCUUUCGAACCGAGAUACCUGAACUUUUGCACCCGCUGCGAAGCCGAGGAUCCGCAGCCGUCUACACCGGCAUCUGCCACAACACCCCUAACAGCGGCAUCGUGGCCAGGCGAUGCCUCGGGACGGCGAACGGCGCGUGGACAAGAGGGGACGAUGCGAUUCGUGUUUGAUCCCGAGGCUGCAAAGAGGGAGCAAGAGAUGACGAGUGAAUUCUUUAAAGAUGAAUACGAAGAGUACGAGGUCGAGGUUGAAGAGCCGAUAGCGCCGCUUCCUCUAGAGGAGGGUCCUCCAGUUGGACGGGGAGGAUACCGUGGGCACAGAGAUCGUGGGGAUAGACGAGGAGGACCGUAUGGGGGAUAUCGAGGGGAUAGACAUUACAGGGGAGGAAGAGGUAGACAUCGCUGA